UUAUUGUUUUGUUUGCCGCGUUGCAUGCAAGAGGUUGUCAAUUUUUCACGUUUUGGUUAUGAAAGACACAUGAAAUUAAUAAUAAUUAUUGUAUUAAAAUAAUUGCAAUUUGGUUUGCAAUCAUAUUCAUCAAUCAUCACUUCUAUUAAAGCCAGGUGCUGGUAUUAAAAAUGCCUUCGGAGUAUGAUUCACAUUCAGAUGACGAUGAGGAGAUUGUUGUCUCAAAAAGGAAAAGAAACGUAGUUUUGGAUGAUGACUCUGACGAGGACACUACCACUGAUGUCCUCAAUCAAACAAACAAAAUUGAUUCAGACGAUGAUCUCAAAAACAACGACAGCCUAACAAAAGAUGAUCCUAUGAACGACAAUGCAAUUUUGGAUUCCAGUAAAAUCAAGGCUUUGCCAAAGGAUGAAGUCAAUGAAAUUGGUUCAGAUGAUAAUUCAUCGGAAGAUGAAUCUUUCAGUAAAACUCCAACUAGAGAAAAACAUGUAACUGAUGAUGAGGAUAGCAAUCAUAGUGAGACUUUGUCUAAGAAUAGCAAGAAACAAGAAGAGAAGAAAUAUACGUUUGACCCUAGUAUUUAUGAUGCUGAGGAAUCGGAUGAAGAAAAUCGCUCUAAAACCCCUGAACCAAUUGUCGAAGACGAGGGGCAUUAUGAAGUUCCAAAUAAACAUACAAAAAGUAAGAAGUCGAUAGGAAAAGAAAAAUCAUCCAAGCAGCAAAAUAAGCCCAAGAAAGAAAAACCAAGUGAUAAUAUGCGUGAAAUAAGGAGAGAGUCUCAGCGUAUGCUAAGGGAGUCACGGAUCAUCCUUCCCUAUCAUAUUCCCAAACAGAGAACUUUAGCCGAGUUCUUGAGUAGGAAAAAAUCUGUACCCUCAAUUCCAAUUAGAACAACAGCUGAGCAACUACUUUCAUUAAGCAAACAGAUCGAGCAACAGGAAAAAGAAUCCCAGGAAUUUUUCAAGUCGGACAGUUCGGAUAAUGAUGAAGACAACGAUGAUAAAGAUUAUGUUCCCGAUGAUAAAGACGAUUUACCCAACAAUGAAAAGAAAUCAGAAAAUACUUCAGCUCAAGAUGGCAAAUCAAAUGACGACAAUAAUAAGUGUGAUAGCAGUAAAGUGGAUGAAAAUUUUAAUAAAGAGAAAGUAACUGACGAUUCUAGUCUUGGGGAAUCAGGUGGUGUUAAAGCUCACGAAAAUGUCGCGAAUCUGUUAGCUGAGGUUGCAGAAAAACUGCAAAACGAGGUGAGUGAUAAUUCUGUGGAAGAAUCUGGUAAAAAUGAACAACUUGAUGGAAAUAUUAUUGACAAUGAAAGUUUUCUGGGCGAGAAAAAUGAUAGUACGACAACUAGAGAUGGAACAAGUUCAACCUUGCAAGAAGGUAAUGAUGACGAGUCAGAUUGUGAGGAUUUCACUCUGGAUCUGACAAUGCCCGAAGACGGUGAAAAUACAGUAGAAGAAAAGGAAAGGAAUACAGGAGAAUCGUCAACUUUGAAACCAACAGUGAUUGGUGUUAGUGAAACUAUUGUGGAAGAGGAUAAGGAAGAGGAGGAUUCGUUUACACUGGACUUGACAAUGCCAGAAGAUAGUGUAAAUAUUCUGGAAGGCAAUGAAGGUAAGAAUAAUGGAGGAAUGUCAAGUUCUGUUCUAACAAAGUUGAAAGAGGAUAGUGUUAAUGUUGUGGGGGAUAAAGAGAAAGAAAAGUAUGAGGAAGAGUCGUUCACUUUGAAUUUAACGUUACCUGAAGAUAGUGAAACUAUUGGAGAGGAAGACAAAGAAAAGGAUAUAGAAGAUAGUGAAACUGUUGGAGAGAAAGACAAAGAAAAGGAUAUAGAAGAUAGUGAAACUGUUGGAGAGAAAGAUAAAGAAAAUGAUAUAGAAGAUAGUGAAACUUGUGUGAACGGAAGUAAGGAAAAGAAUGUUGGUGUUGUUAGUAGUAGGAAAGAUGGUAAAUCUAGUAAAUUGAAGAAAUUAGAAUUACUGUCUAAAAUACACUUUGAUCUCACUGAAGUUCCUACUUUAUCGAAAAGUUUCAAAGGAGAAAUAAACCUCGAUUCACCGCCGAAAAAGGCGGAGGUUAUUGAUUUCAGAGAACGUUUUCUAAAACACUACGCAAUGGACAGAAAGAAGAAGCCGUCGAAAUCACCUGUGAAACUCAGUGUGGUUAGUGCGACUGUUGAUGAUAAGGGGCAUGUGGAAGAUAUCAGCACAGAGAUAAUUAAUACCUCAAGUAAGCCCGAUGAACAGUGGCUGGAGGAAAUCAAGGAAGCUGAAUUGCCAGGCGCCAAACAUUCAAAGCUCAAACAGUUUCUGCAAUUGAAAGCUAAAGCCAAGUGGAAAGAGGACUACGAGAAACGUCUGCAGGAGUACAAGAUGAACGAAGAAGAAGCGGUGGAAGGUGAUAAGGCCGAUUACGAACACGAAGCGAUACUCGAUGAUGAAGAUGAAGAGGAAGACAUGACGAACUCGGAGGAAGAAGAGGAGGAAGAGCCUGAGGAAAACGAUGUGGAGCUAGUGGAUAAGAAGAGGAAGCAAAGUAAGUUUGUUGAGGAUGAAGCCGAUGAAGAAGAUGAAGAUGAUGAUGGUGAUAGGGAAGAAGAAGAAGAGGAGGAAGAAGAAGAAGAAGUUGUGGAGGAAAAUGAAGAUGUUUUGCUUGGUUAUAAUGAGAGUGAUGAUGAGAAUGAUGAUAGUGAAGAGAAAAGGAAGAGGAGGAAGAAGAUGGUUAAAAAGAGGAAAACGGUAAGUGAUGGAGAAAGUGGAGAGGAUGAAAGUGAGGAUGAGGAAGAAUCAGGUAGUGACUCCCCGAAAAGGAAACGGAAGUUGAUAGCAAGCGAAAAUGAAGAAAGCGAUGAUGAUGGCGACUCUCCCAAACGAAAAACAAAAUUAAUGUCUAGUGACAAUGAAGAAGCGUCUCAAUCUAUGGAAGAUUUGGCAGGUCUAUGUUCGGGCAAAUUCCCCACCCAACCCGUAUCGUUCUCACAGUUGGAAAUGGCCGAUUCUGAUAAUUUUUUGAAAGGUUUUGCCGACUCGCAAAAUCUUGACUUGUCUCUGCCGGAGCAGUCGCAAUCACUUGACAGGUCGAAAGAAGACAGCGAAGAGGAGGAAGAAAAAGGAGCCACAAAGAGGAUGAAGAAGUCAAUACUGGAUUCUGACAAUGAAGAUGGGGAGGACGAUGGAAUUGUGCUGAAUCGGUCUCAUAAGAAAAAAGCCAAAGCUGUUGAAUAUUCAGAUGAUGAAGAUGAAAAAACUGAACCCCAAAAUGACGAUGAUGAUGUGGGAAGUGAAAACAGCGAAGAGUUGGUUUUGGAUGAAAUCGGAAACGAAGAUGUAGAAUUGGAGUACGAUUCAGAAGAGAAUGAAGUCAUCAGAGAUCCGAAAGCGUUCUUCGACAAGGAAGCCGAACUGUCCGAAUCGGAAUGGGGCAGCGAAGAUGAGGACGAAAAGGAUCUGGAUAAAUUCGAGGAGGAAGCAGGAGACCAAGAAGUGCUUGACCAGGAUCAGGUCAAUAGAGAACUGGGCAAAAUCCAUAUUCAUUUCGGUUUUAUUUCCAUUACAGAUAGUGGCUUUGCUGGCGACGCCAACACAAAAGACUCUGAUGAAGAAGAUUCCGAUCAGGAGGAAGAUGAAGAAAAUUGGAGGAAGAAGAGACACGAACGUGAACUGUUUCUAAAUAAAAAGAAUGAGAGACUGAAAGAACUUGGCAUCGAAGAGGAGGACGAUGAUGAUGAUGAUGAUGAUGAUGAAGAGGAGGAAGAAGGAGGAGGGUUGCUAGGUGUGGGCAGAGCUCUCGUGAAAAAGCUGCAAACCUCUGCUAAACCAGCCGCCGCUGCCCCCCCUCCCACUAGCAAAGUCACUGCUGCUGCUGCUGUUGCUAUGAAUUGCAAAUUUAUGGCAAAGAACAUGAGAGGUUCUUUCUUGACAAGCAGCGACCACUAUUUGUCUCGUCUUGCGCAUAUCACUACUAAGGUUGGCUCUGAAGGCAAAGUCAAUGGUCCCAAAAACUCCAGAAAUUUUGUAUUUUCAAUUAUCAGUCCGAAGAAGGAUGAAGUGAAGGAAGCGGAACCGGAAGAAAGCAACAAAAUGAAGAAGAGGAAAGCGUCCGAAAAUGCUGCAAAUGCCAAGAAGAAAAUACAUUUCUCCGAUGACAAAGGAAAUCAGAAACCAAAAAGUCUGCUGGAAGCUCUGGGUUAAUUUUAUCACCUUUAGUCAAACAUGUUCAAUCUUUUAGUUCAAUCCAAAAGAUUCUCAUAUUCUACAGUCAGUGCCUUUCAAUAUAGAAAAGUAUUAUUUAUAAUGUAUUUACUGUAAUGUGAUAUAUUCAAUGAUGUAAAUUUUGUAUGAAAUAAGUGAAAGUAGUGUACUCUAUUAUUUUGUAUUGAAGGGAUCAUUUAUUUUUGUAAUUUCAAUGACUAUUCAAAAUAUAUGUUUAAUACUCUUAUCUAAAUUUUUAUCACUAUUAAGUGAAUUUUUUCAAUAAAAAGUAUAUUUUGUUUUUA